GUAUGAUGCCUUUUCCUGCCAGCAACAACAGAAACAGCAGCAUCUCGCAUCAUCACUGAGAAGAACUGAGAUUGGAGAGAGAAAGAAAGAAGGAGAUGAUGGUGGGGAGUCGAGAAGGAAAAUUAUGAAAUAACGGGUGAGGGUAUGGGCCAUGUCUGAGCUGUGAGUGGAGGAGGAGAGGAAGAGGAGGAGUAGGAGAGGAAGAGGAGGAGUAGGAGAGGAAGAGGAGGUGAGGACUGAAUAGCGGAGUGGCUGGUGGUGGUCUACUUGGGCAGAGGGGGUCCACGAGAGACUGAAGUGAGAUGAGUGGAAUCCCCACACACACCUCAGAGAAGUGUCUGAUGCCCUCCCAGUCAAUUAAAUGUACAAUAUCAAACAAGAUAAUAUAAAUCAUAAGACAUGCGACGCCCCCUGUAGGGCAGUGAUGGGGAACACAGCCACUAAGUUCCGGAAGGCUCUAGUCAGCGGGGACGAGGCGUUGGCAUGGCAACUGUACGAGGGCAACAGCCAGUUCAGAGAGGGGCUGGACCCCAACGCGUCUUACGGAGAGACCUACCAACACAACACACCCCUCCACUACACCUGCAGGCACGCCAUGACACGCCUGCUCAGGUCGUUCCUUUUCAGUAAAGAAGGGAACCCUAACAAGCGUAACGUGCAGAAUGAGACAUGUCUGCAUGCGUUGUGUCAGGGAGCGCACAUCCUGCUGCUGCCAGAGGGAGCACUGUCUCCCAGACUGGCCAGACCACAGAGAGACGAACAACGCAGGGCAGACUGCCUACAGAUGAUCCUGAGCUGGACCGGGGCUAGGCUGGACAGAGGACAGUAUGAAAGGGUUAACAUUAACGCUACAGACAACAGGAACAGCACCUGUCUACACUACGCUGCUGCUGCUGGCAUGAAGAGCUGUGUAGAGCUCCUGGUCCAGGCUGGGUCAGACCUGUUUGUGGAGGACGAGGAGAAGUUAACCCCGUGUGACCACGCAGAGAGGCAACAGCACACACACCUGGCCCUGCGCCUCGAAGCCAUGAUGGUGUUCUCACAACACACACACACCGAGACACAGACACCCAGCAGCACGCUGCGCCACAAAGAGCCCUAUGAGGGUUUGAAGCUGCAGGACUUGAGGAGAUUGAAGGACAUGUUGAUAGUGGAGACAGCUGACAUGCUACAGGCUCCUCUCUUCACCGCUGAGGCACUGCUCAGAGCACACGACUGGGACAGGGAGAAGCUUUUGGAAGCCUGGAUGAGUGAUUCUGAGGAGUGCUGCCAGCGGUCUGGGGUCUUGAUGCCCACCCCCCCGCCCAGCGGGUGCAACGCCUGGGACACCCUGCCUUCCCCGCGCACCCCUCGCUCCCCCCUCACCCUAACCCUCACCUCCCUCACUGACAGCUGCCUCACCCCAGGGGAGGAGGGAGGGACUACGUGCGGGAUCUGCCUGUGUUCCAUCUCAGUGUUUGAAGACCCAAUAGACAUGUCCUGUGGUCAUGAGUUCUGCCGAGCCUGCUGGGAAGGGUUUCUGAAUGUGAAGAUCCAGGAGGGUGAGGCUCAUAACAUCUUCUGUCCUGCCUGCGACUGUUACCAGCUGGUGCCUGUUCAGGUUAUAGAGAGUGUUGUCUCCAGAGAGAUGGACAAACGAUACCUGCAGUUCGACAUCAAGGCGUUCGUGGAGAACAACCCAUCUAUCCGGUGGUGCCCGGCAGUGCGGUGUGAGAGAGCGGUCAGACUGACCAGACCUGGUCCGGGGGUCAACCACCUGGGGUUCCCCCUGCUGCCCUCCCCUGCAGUUGACUGUGGCAAGGGUCACCUCUUCUGCUGGGAGUGUCUAGGUGAGGCCCAUGAGCCAUGCGACUGUCAGACAUGGAGGAUGUGGCUGCAGAAAGUCUCAGAGAUGAAGCCAGAGGAGUUGGCAGGUGUAUCGGAGUCGUAUGAGGAUGCAGCUAACUGUCUGUGGUUGUUAACCAACUCUAAACCCUGUGCCAACUGCAAGUCUCCCAUACAGAAGAAUGAGGGCUGCAACCACAUGCAGUGUGCCAAGUGUAAAUAUGACUUCUGCUGGAUCUGUCUGGAAGAGUGGAAGAAACACAGCUCUUCAACUGGAGGAUACUACCGCUGUACACGCUAUGAAGUUAUCACACAGCUAGAGGAGCAGUCCAAAGAGAUGACUGGAGAGGCGGAAAAGAAGCACAAGAGUUUUCAGGAGUUGGACCGCUUCAUGCACUACUACAGCCGCUAUAAGAACCAUGAACACAGCUAUAAGUUAGAACAGAGACUAUUGAAAACAGCCAAAGAGAAGAUGGAACAGCUGAGUAGAGCCUUCAUUGGAUGUGAGGGCUCCCCCCCAGACACCAGGUUUAUAGAGGACGGUGUGUGUGAGUUGUUGAAGACACGUCGUGUGUUGAAGUGUUCCUACCCCUACGGAUUCUUCCUCCAGCCUCACAGCACACAGAAGGAGAUAUUUGAACUCAUGCAGACUGAUCUGGAGAUGGCGGUGGAGGACUUGGCUCAGAAGGUGAACCGUCCCUACCUGCGUACGCCGUGUCAUAAGAUCGUCAGCGCUGCCUGUCUGGUACAGCAGAAGAGAGAGGAGUUCCUGGCCUCGGUGGCUAGAGGGGUGGCCCCUAACGACUCACCUGAAGUACCUAGGAGGAGUUUCCCUGCUGGAUCAUGGGACUGGGAGUACCUGGGAUUCACCUCUCCUGAGGAGUAUGCAGAUUUCCAGUACCGGCGGAGACACCGGCCGCGUCGUAGAGGAGACAUGCCGAGUUUACACAGUCUGAGGAGCAACAGCAGUACUCCUGAACCCAACCAGAACCCUGAGAAUACAGAGGUCCUCCAGGAGAGAGUUGAGGGGCGGAGACAGCCUCUGAGGUCACUGGAUGAAGAUGACCCCAACAUUCUACUGGCCAUCCAACUGUCACUACAGGACUCACGGAGGGAGAGAGGGAUGGGAGGAGGACUGGAGAGAGGCUCUGGUGUGAUUGAGGGCCCAGGGCUUGGGUCUGGACAGGGUCUGGAUAUAGGGCCAGUAAUGGGUCCAGGGGUGCGGGGCCUCAGUGAGACUCAGGACCCCUCCAGAGUGGGUGGUUCUCUGGGGGCCAGUGGCUCCUCUAACCUCCCUAGACCAGACCCUAACCAGUCAUUAAAUGCUGAGCUGUUAGAGCUAGGAGAAAGUCUGAUGAGACUGGGACAAAUAACUACUCCAUAUACCCUAGACAACACUAAUAUCCCUACGCCAUAUAGCUUAGACCACACCUACGACCACUACAACCCUUCCUCCAGCUACAGUCAGAGUCAGGACCUUAGCUACACAUCUUAUACAACUGACCACAACUAUGCUGUUCUGGAACCUGACCACAGCACACCUUAUACACACGGCUACGGUCACACCUGUGAUCAUAACCAGGACCACACCACUAUCAACAUUCCCUUCACUCCAGAACACGACCAUAAUUGUGGUCAAAACCAAAACCGUGGCCAUCCCACUAUCAAUGCCUUCUACAGUUCUGUUCACUGCCAACCCAGCCUCUACACUAAAACAUCUCCUCCUCACACAGACCUUACAGCAUCUUCUAGCCCUAAACACACAAGCCUUUACCCCUCAGACCCAGAGCCAUAUGCUAUGUUCAGCCAUAACCCUGAACCAGUCCAAACCAUCUCUUGCACCCAGGACACACAUCCUGACCAGAACCACCACCAUUGCUGCCACUCCAGCCACUACACCCCUAACCCAGAACAUUACACCCCUAACCCAGACCCUUACACCCCUAACCCAGACCCUUACACCCCUAACCCAGACCAUUACACCCCUAACCCAGACCCUUACACCCCUAACCCAGACCCUUACACCCCUAACCCAGACCCUUACAUCCCUAACCCAGACCCUUACACCCCUAACCCAGACCAUUACACCCCUAACCCAGACCCUUACACCCCUAACCCAGACCAUUACACCCCUAACCCAGACCCUUACACCCCUAACCCAGACCCUUACAAACCUAACCCAGACCAUUACACCCCUAACCUGGACCCUUACACCCCUAACCCAGAACCUUACACCCCUAACCCAGACCAUUACACCCCUAACCCAGACCCUUACACCCCUAACCCAGACCCUUACACCCCUAACCCAGACCCUUACACCCCUAACCCAGACCAUUACACCCCUAACCUGGACCCUUACACCCCUAACCCAGACUACACCUUGAAUCCUGACCCAUACCGCACUUCCUCAGACCCCCACGGCCUAGACCCUAAUCACCCUACCUCAGACCCCCAUGGCCUAGACCCUAAUCACCCUACCUCAGACCCCCACGGCCUCCUGCUCCCCUCCCCAGACCCAGAACUCCUCCUCUCCCCAGUGGUCCCUCCAGGAGGUCCCUUCACCCCCAGUGACCCGGGCUGCCUGGAGCGCCUGGACCCCUCAGCUGAAGCCCUGCUCCUGGACAACAUCAUGGCCUGGAUCCAACACACACACCCCCAGGACAGCCCCCAGAACAUCGACCUCAUUCCAUCAGCUAGCUCCGAGACUGGCUCACCCCCGGAGAAAUACUCACCUCCGGACACAGAGACAGACUCACCCACUGUUUCACCCCAAGACGGUGGGGACCCAAAGAGUGAUUCCCCUCCUGACGCCCAGGCCAGUUUCAGCGGGGAGGCCCUAGCCGAGCUACGGCAGGCCCAGGAGGGAGAGGCGGGUAGGGGACAGGCUGGCUCCCCCGGCCCUGUAGACAGCCUGGAGGUUAAAAGACCCAGCACUCUGGAUCUGGAGUUUUGUGAGGGUGAGGAGUGUGUGGAGUGUCUAGUCACAGGGUUUGUGUCGGACCUGUCACAGGACGCAAUGGACACACACAUACACUCACACACACAUUGUGGAGAUAACAACCUCACUCCUACCAAGACAGACUCAAGCCCCACCCCCUGGGUAGUGGAGGACCAAUCACACGCGGAGUGGGAAGAGCAAGUUCACCUGGUGUGACAACAGACAGACAUAUGACAGAGAGCAGGAGGAAGAGAGGAGGAGAGUGGGAGCGAGAUAAUGAUAAGCAGCAGUGACAGAGAUGAGGGAGAGAAAAGCUGAGAGAAAAAAGAGGAAGAGAGAGGGAUUAAUAGCAUUAUCAGAGAAAGAGCUUAGGAAAGAUUUCGGAAUGAAAAGCACUUAGAGGAAAGAACAGGAGAAAAGUCUGACGUUAAACAUGGGGUGUCCACUUGAUUUAGCUUGCUGGGCACCGAAAGCUAAAUAGUUAUUUUGACCCAGGUCUGGUCAGGUCAUGUGACCCAGGUCUGAUGAGGUCAUGUGACCCAGGUCUGGUCAGGUCAUGUGACCCAGGUCUGAUCAGGUCAUGUGACCCAGGUCUGAUGAGGUCAUGCAGUGACCAGAGUUGAUCAGAGCAGAUGAGAUGUGUUUAAAUACAAUCAAAUAUGAGUAACUUUAGUGAUUUUAUCGUCCAUAUCCAUUCCACUACUGAUGGACUGACUGUAUGUGGUCGCCAAAGCCUAAGACCAGGGCGAGUUGUUUUACUGUUUAGUCACCUUUAUUUAUCCAGAUCAAAUUCCAUGACAGAGAGAGAGAGGGACCGUGACAUGGCUAUUCUUUUGAAACAGUCCACGGCUGAGUUGAUCAGUGUGCCUCAUUUUUAUUGAGAAUCCCCUUUUUUCAUAUGGAACCUCAAGCAACGUGCACGAAUAGUAUGACUAUUAUUACUACUAUAGGGUUGUUCUGUUUUCACAUGGUUUCCUUUCCUCUUGAGAUAAGAUGUGUUUUUGGAAGCAGCUGUGGUCUGUUGCCAUAUGUAUCAAGCGUCUCAGAGUAGUGGUGCUGAUCUAGGACCAGGUCCUCCCUGUCUAUUUAAUCUUAUUCAUUAUGAUCUGAAAUGCUCAAUUGAUCCUAGAGCAGCACUCCUACUGUCCCAGGUCUUUGACUAGGUAUAGGACAGGAGGCUGUUAUUUUUCUUGUGUUGGUGUUAUAGAGAUGGUUAGCACUGUUAGGAUGAUUAUAAUAUAGUCAACUUUAUAGAGAUGAAUCUGAAGUCUACAAGAGUUUAUAAUAUAAUUUCUAAAAUCAUAUUUAUCUUAUUUAAUUGUAAUAAGCUGCUUAAUAAAGUAGUCAUUGGAUAUAGAAUAACAUUUAGAAACACAACCAUGGUUUAACUUAACUGUUGGGUGUAGUGUGCAACCAUCUGGAGUAGUGCACUAGUUUAUAGUAGGGUGCGAUGUGACGUGCGCUGAUCAUACAAAACAUGAAAUGGAACACUGAAGUCUGGAUUUGGAGUGUAUUUUUUUGUACAACACCACUGUUUUAAGUUAAGAUAAUUGUUUAUUUAGUCAAAUUUUAUUCACACUAAGGUUUUUAUUAGAUUUUUUUUUUUGUAUUUUGUUUUUGUAUUUUCUUGGUACUUAAUUGAGAGUUUCAAGGCCAGUGGCUGUGUCAUAGUUUGUAACCCAGGCAUCUGAUUUUUAUAUUACUGUACCCUGGCAACCAUAAACCUUGUUGUUAUUUGCACUUUCAUAGGUGAUACUUGAUACAUUCCCAGUCCAUAUGAAAGACAGUGACGUUCGAUGUGUGGCCAAGGAGUGAAAGUAUUAGUAAAACGUUUACUCUCAAUAAAAAAAAGAUUUAAAAAAACA